GACUGAAAAGCAUUUCUUUCUUCCUCUUUCUCUUCUUGAACGAUAACAUUUAUGAGACAAAUCAGCUGUUGGUUUUCCCUUGAUGGAUUAUUUACAGAGUGAUAGUCUUCGUGUUCCCAAGGGAGGUGAUAAAGUUUAUAAAGACGAAUGCGUCUACUGCUUCAAUUCUCCGGUAAGUGACUGUUCUUUGAAUUGUCCAGCAGUGAUCGUGAAUGUUAGAAAAAGGAAAACUGUACAGACUCUUUAUUAAAGCUUAAUAAACCUGCUGAUUGUUUGGGAAUUUUUAGUCCUCUAAAGAAACUUACUAUUUUCAUUUAUAAAGUUGUCUCAAAAAAUUGAAUGAAGGAUGGAAUUCGAAGUUGCAUGGGUGAUGCACAGGUUACCCAAGCAUUUAGAUGUUACUAAAAUCCUUGGCAUUUCUCGCAUUUCUUUUCAUAGAAGAAAAGCAUAUCGGAAAUGUCCCAAAAUUGCAGAGGAUUCAUAUAAAAACUGUAAUAAUUUUGUCAACCUGUGAGUAAGCUUUCUUGGCAAUUACAUAAUUAUUAUUGAGGGUCUCAGGAACUAGCCUGCGUAGCUGGCGGGAUUAGCGUGGGAGUGCUGUUUUGGUGGUGGAGGCGUGAGAAGAGUGCAAAAAUCCCUUGUGGCUUUACCGCUCGCUUCAUGCGGUGGCUCUGCCGCAAAAAAAGUACCCCAUGCACAACAAUCCUGCCAGUUAUACAGGCAACCCAGGAGCAAGUGGAAAGAGCCAUGUAGUUGUUUAAAGAAAGGUUGCAGGCAGGUUAUGCACAUGUCAUCGGCUUCCCCCAGGGGUAGGACCCCGGGCCAACCAGGGGAAUAUGUUAGGGAAUAUAACAAGAUGGACUGUAUUCUCUGCCCCUGGGGAGGGGAAAAUUCAUGACAUUGUUUCAAGUUUGAAGAAAAGGGGUGGGGGAAUUCAAAAUUUUUGUGAUAAUCUUAGAUGGCAAAGUUCAUGGCAAUCCCACUGUGAUUUAUGUCUUUGCCCAUUCCAUAAAAAUCAGGAAGGUAAAUUAUGCAUUUCCAAGAGACCUGAGAUGGAGAUUCUAGAAUGGUGACUACGGCUACAAAAAUUUGCAAUUUCUAUCACUAUAUUCCGCUUCUCUUUGUAGGCCAUCCUUCUCAUCUUUUGUUAAUUCUAGUCAUUUUUCAUAACAAAUCACAGAAAAAUAAACAAGAAAAGGUAACUAACAUAUAGUAAAUUUUGCGGGCACGUGCAUUGCUUUGAUCUGUAGUCUGGUUAUCACUUGUUAAUGUAAAUGCCACUGUUCUUGUUCCUACUGAAGAAAGUGUAGCUGGCAGGAUCACAUUGCCUGAGUUCAUGUCGAAGAUAUUUCCCCAUUCGUCUGGUGGGUUUAUAGCCAAAUUCAUUUCAUGGGUGCCUUUGUGGUCCAUGUUAGCAGUCAUGCAUAAAAAUUCCUCCAGCUAAGCAGACUUGGCAAGUAUCAUUAAAAUUCAAAUAAAUCAAGUGAAGCACAGUUUUGAGGUGGAUAUCAGAGAGAUUUUUCAUUGAGAAGCACUUGACCCAGGGGGACUUUGCCUUGUUAAAUUCCCCCACCCCUGGGGGAAAUUGUUAACUUUGUACCGCUCGUUUUACAAUCCCCCUGGUUGGCCUCGGGUCCCACCCCAGGGAGAAGCCAAUGAUAUGUGCAUUAUAUAAGCAGUACCUUCAGAUCCUUUAGUCAUUGAAAUUGCUUUAAGUUGUGUUUAUUUGAAGUACAACUUGCAAACUAAAUAGUUUUAUUUACACUGAAUAAAAUUGUAGGAAAGCGAUGGAGGUCUGUAUGUGUGUCUUUCCACAUUCCUUGGAUUUUGUGAGAAUCACGUUAACCUUCAUAUCAGUAAAACACCUCACCGAGUAUUUAUGCAUAUCAAAAAAGUGAAGAAGGUAUUUCUACGUUUAGCUUUUUUCUUGACUGUGUCAUAUGGUUUUAUAUUUUGAUGUCUUAAUCUUUUAAAAAUACUAUAUUUAACCACAUAUUUUGGCAACAAAAUGAGUUGAGACACUUCGCCCUAAAAGGAGCUUUUUGACGUUUAACUGUCUUCAAAAGUGGAAAAAUAUAGCUUUUCCUCCCCUCAUCCUCUCCAUGCAAUCUUGCGCCGCUGUUCGAGCUACCUAUAGAAAUCAACAAACAUGGCCUAACUUUGAAUGAGGGGAUGGGGGAGGGGUGUGGAUUCUUUUGUUCUCUGAAGUUACCCUGUUUGAGUACAAUGUCUCAACAAUUUUGUCACUGAUUGUAAGCUCUAUUUCAAGAACUUUCAUGUAUGUGAAUUUCUACUCUUCUCUCCACCAUAUGAAAAGUUGCAUGUGAGCUUUUUUUGUUAGUAAGUUUGUUUUUGUUUUUGUUUUUUUAUGUUUUUUAUUUUACCAGAAACAGGAAGACUUAUGAGUUAACAAUAAUAAUGCUAUUACUUGGAAAAUGAUCCAUCACAGAAAAUAGUACUGUUUUCUCAAAUAAAAUGUGUUUUUUUGUUCAAUUCAAGCCUCAGACAACUGAAACAGACAUCACUGUAGAUACUCCACCAAAGAAAAAACCUACAAGAUUAGCUAUUGGUGAGUUAAUUCACAACCAGCUACUGGGAAUAGCAUCUUAGUAGGAAAAGUAUUUUCAUUUGCACAGUACAUCUAUGUUACAGGUCAAAAAUUUAAAUUCAGGUUAAAUUUUUUCAACCUAGGUUGAUUCUUAAUUUCUUUUGUCUAAUUAGGGCUAGGAGACAAAGGGACCUGAGAAUCAACCUAGGCUAAAAAAUGACUGAGCUCUGUAAUUAUCAUGACAAUUAUUCUCAGCAGAGGCCUGAUUCAGGUGACUAGGGCAAAGAAAGAACAAUGUACCUGCCAGUCAAAGCCUCUAGUAGACGCUACUGCUUACUGAAGGAAUUGUGUCAAAAUAGCCUCCUCCCUACCCCACUAGUUUCCCCCCCCCCGCCUCCCCCAGGCCUGAUCCACCCACCCACUGUUAAGACAGUCCCUGGGCUAUCUGGCUGUGCUGACCAAGAUGGCAAGCCCCCUACUUUUUUGGACACUGCACUGGCCUGGAGCCAGACUGUGCCUGGUGCUGGGCAGAAACCUAGUGGCCACUUUUUAAUGAAAUCAAACAUAUAUAUUGAGUGGAAAGUUAAAAUUUGAAUAUGAUAAUCCCCUUUUAAAAUCAAUUGUUAAUUUUAUGUUGUUUUUUUUUUACAUCAAUCAUUAGGAGUUGAAGGAGGGUUUGAUGUAGAGAAACCGAAGGUAAAAAUAACUGUUAAAAAUUAUAAGCAUGUCUCUAGACUCCAGGUUCCAGUUGUUCAAAAGCUGGAUGGCACUAUAACUCUCUAACCUGUAGAAAAUGGAGUUGGUUUUUCUUAUACUUAUCCACUGGCCAAUCAGCAUUUCACAUAGACAUUUUCAAUGGAGAUAUUCAAAUUCCAGAGACACAGUUGCAAGCUCUCCUUCCUGGUGUGUUUUGUUGCCUGCCAGGUAUUUUGUACAAACUUGUACAUGAAAUUAUAUGAUCCAUCUAGGCGUUGUAUUGCAGAUACUGCAAAAUGGAGCAGAUGGAAACAAAGGUUAUACAUGGUAGAGUGAUCAUGGGCAGCUGCUUAUAAACUUCUCUUUUUAAUCUGCAGGUAGAAUAUGAUGAAUUUAACUCACUGUCAGUAUUGGGCACAGGUGGAGAUCCAGUCGUUAUACCUCUUCCAAAUGCUGAAAUUCCCUUACAGGUAUUAAAUGUUUACUAACAUUAUUAUUACUUAUUGUUUAGGGCCAGGUUGCUCGCCGUUUUUUACUUUUCCUCGCGCCAUUUUUUCCCGCCCGUUUAGUCUUUCCCUUGCCCCCACUAUCCGCCCCUGGGUCUCCGAGGAUGGGUUGUUCAAAGCAGGGUAAAGAUAACCCAAGGUAAGUGCAAAAUUUCAAUUCAGAUAUGAAAGCUUAAAACUAAGCAAAUUCAGUUUUUUACUUGUUAUCUACAAUUAUUUUUCUCCAUUCUUUAAAAAGAAUGGAGAAAAUUAUCUGGAAAAAUGCUUUUGAACAAAAGAAAAAGAAACCUGGGUUAAAAUUUAACCCUGGNUUGCUCGCCGUUUUUUACUUUUCCUCGCGCCAUUUUUUCCCGCCCGUUUAGUCUUUCCCUUGCCCCCACUAUCCGCCCCUGGGUCUCCGAGGAUGGGUUGUUCAAAGCAGGGUUAAGAUAACCCAAGGUUAGUGCAAAAUUUCAAUUCAGAUAUGAAAGCUUAAAACUAAGCAAAUUCAGUUUUUUACUUGUUAUCUACAAUUAUUUUUCUCCAUUCUUUAAAAAGAAUGGAGAAAAUUAUCUGGAAAAAUGCUUUUGAACAAAAGAAAAAGAAACCUGGGUUAAAAUUUAACCCUGGGUUAGCACUAAUUGGCCUUCGAACAACUUGGGCCCAGUUGUUUGCUGCAUCCUCUCUGUCCAUUCAUCCCCACAACUGUACUUACUUGGUUGCUUUAAUGUAGAAACAAUGUUUAGGUUAUUUAAUAUAGACAUAACUGAAAAAUGUUUCUUUUUAUUUCUUUUUAUUGUGUUUUGCAUAGGUUCAGCUGUCCAUUGCAGGAGUACUUGCAGCUGAUACUGCAGCCUACAAAGAUCAAGUAGCAGCUUGGGAUGGAGAAAAAAGGCUGAUCUCAAAGUAGGCUUUAAGCCCUAAUAUUCACAUGCAAAUUCUUCAUACUGAUCUCCAUACAUUUCCUGAAAGAAUUAGUUGAGAGAAUUUGAUAGAAGAUCAAAGCAUAUUUCCUUUGGUGAUUAUUUUAUUGAUUCUCAUAACCUUUCCUUUUGAUUAUGUCUUUUUAUUAUUAGGAGAAAAUCAAAAGUUCAGGGGCACCCAACGAGAAUAUAGUUCAAAACCAUUUAAACACAGCAAAUUGUUAAACGUAUUUUAGUAUUUAAACGCUAGAUAUAGGUAUAUUUUUAUCCCCUAAAAAUUUUUCAUCUGUUUGGAUUUCCUAGCUGAAAGGCUAGUGAUCCAAAAAAUGUAGGGAUCAAAACUUGCCUUUUCGAAAAUUUAAGCCAGAAAAAAAGGCUCCCAAAAAUUAUUCUCUUUUUAGGGUAAAAAUCCGUGCAAAAUGGGCAAUUACACCAUUUUUUAGAUGUUCGAAAAUCUUAGGAGAGGCAGGCAAGCAAGAAAUUUUACAACAAAUGUUCCGAAAAUUCUAGAUCGCAAAUCGUCUUCCGAACAGAUAUUUCCAAAAAUUGACGUUGGGUGCCUCUGAAAGUUGGUCACUCUUGUGACCUUACAGGACGUUAGAUUUAGGUUUGAGUGGGUUCUAAGAAAAUAUUAAAUCAAUAUCAUGGUACAUAUUUCCAAGCUACAGACUCAUUUUACAAUGAAAAAUAUUAUCUUUUUUUUUGUUAUUUUAAAGGCAUGCAAACAAUCUGUUACAACUGGACAAUGGUGUAAAAGUUCCUCCAAGGUUAGUUUUUAUUUAUGGUUUAGAUAAUUUGCUAGCUGACUGCUUGGCUAACAGGACGGCUGCAUUUUUGUGAAUGGGAGCAACUUGUUUAUUCAUUUCUGUUGUUUCCAUCUGCGUUGUUUAAUCAAUGGAGGUGUUUAAUUGAGGAAAUAUGGUACUUGGAUUUGACUCGGAUCAGCUGGGUCCGUCUGACUGCCAAACAAACCAACUGAUUGGUUGUACUAGUCUGACUGACUGUUACUAACUCUGACCGCCGGACCUUGAUUGUCUGUUAUCAGCAAUUGCAUGGCUUUGACUACAGCUGUACUCUCACUUUUUAAAUGCAAAAACAACCUCCCUUAUGUUAAAACAGCCAUAGAUGAGAGGUUCCUUUAACCACAUGUAAGUGGAUGGAUUAUCAUUGCGUUCAAACUCACAGCACCCUUUUUUAUGUCCAUGUUUUUUUCAGAGGCUGGAAAUGUUCAAGGUGUGAUUUGAAGGAAAAUCUGUGGCUAAACUUGACUGAUGGAACAAUUCUGUGUGGAAGAAGAUAUUUUGAUGGUAAUAAUAAUGUUAAUGAUAAUAAUAACGGUUUAAUAUCAGUACAUCCAUGGCAUGGCUCUUCACCUGAUAUAAGAGUAAAAUAAAGUAAAACAAAAAAAUGGUUGGUACCUACAUGAGAAUACCUUGUCUUUGAAAAUGGAUAGCAAAUUAAGUGACUCAUAUAACUGUAAAUAUAAUGAUUGUGAACUCUUUCCAGCGCACUGAGGUAGAAACAGAACAUUCUUUUAUUUAUUAUUCACAGUCAACUUGCCUUGAGCAGCCAAGCAGAUUAAUCCUCAGCCAAAUUUCCUGUCAUUUGUCUGAAGCUCCCUUUAUUACGACAGACUCUUGCUUUUAUGAAGCUAUAGAUACGUUUGGCAGUCCCAGCAGCUCAAUUUUAUUAUUCAAACUCUAUUUAUUUUCACUUGUUUAGGAUCUGGAGGUAAUAAUCAUGCAGUUGAUUAUUACAAAGAGACAAACUAUCCACUGGCUGUUAAACUUGGAACAAUCACACCUGAUGGUGCAGGUAUUGCUGUUUAUUAUGUGAUUAGAAGCCUGCCAUGUUAACAGUUUAUGUUGAACCUAGUAAUAGCGACUUUAGAUUGGAUUGCAAGUGAGAGAUAAAUUUACACUGUAAGUACAAAGACUUUUUCAAGAUCUUGUUGGCAAGGUGUUGAAAAUUUAAGAUCUCACGAACAAGAUGUUGAAAUUGGUCUUGAAGUGAUGAAUAUAUGAAUUUUAUAUAUUGGAAUCGUGGAAAUUAUGAAGGAAAAAAUGUAAAUAAAAUCGUUGCAGUUGAAGAUGCAACUUACAGUAUACAGUUGCGAAAAGAAAGCUUGAAAAAGUCAGGCUUAAUCCUGCCAGCAAGAUGUUGAAUUUUCAAGAUUUUUAACCCACCAUAUAAUAAAUAUCUGCUUUACAUGUAACUCUCAAAGGAUAACUCACCGAUCUAAUCCAAAAUUUUCAUGACAUUUUUGUUCGUCUUUGAGGACCCAUCUUCAAGCAUUUAUUUACAUAGUGCUUCGAUGAAAGGGAAAUGCAAUGCUCAUAUUUUAAAGUCCUGUGUGUCUAAUUUUGACAAAAAGUGCCCGUUAAAUGUGUGCGUUUCAUUUUGCAGAUGUAUUUUCUUAUGAUGAAGAUGACAUGGUAGAAGAUCCUAAUCUUGCUCAACAUCUUGCACACUUUGGAAUCAACAUAACUCAAAUGGAAAAGGUUUGUGAUAAGCUUUGUAUUAGCACAAAUUCUCGGCGGAUUAAUUCUUGAAAGCAACAUCUUUAAGUCAUUUCUUCAUUGCUUUGGUAAAAGCUAGACUACUUAAUUGGUUCAAAUGCUUGGAAUGUAGGCAUUAUUUUUUCCAGUUUUUUUAGGCAUAAAAAGGCACGCGCGAAGCGAGCGAGGAGCGCGAGACAGCACGCGACAGGGGGAAGUCGCCUUCCGCCAUAGCGUGUGUCUCGCGCUUCUCGCCUGCUUUGUGCUUCGUUGGCGCGAAAAAUGGGCGCCUCUAUUGAAAACUAGGACAACACCAAUAUCUCUGUACUCUGUAAGUGACCCAUACUUUUCAGUUGCGUUUGUUAACUUUCGUCAGUGUCCUUUUUGCUGAUAAUUAAGUUGUUAUAACUGCAGACAGACAAGACCAUGGCGGAGUUAGAGAUAGACAUCAACAUGAGAAUACGAGAAUGGGAUGUUAUUCAGGUAAAAACUUCUCUCUUCCUGUCAUUGUUAGCCUGCGAGCAAGCUUUUCAAUUGGGGGAGUCGCGAGAAGGCGCGCGUCAAGGGCACGCGAAAGGAGACGCCCCUCAAGCUUCGCUGCUCGCUCGCGCGUUCUCUCGCAGACUCCACAAAACUACUUUAAUUUGGUUCAGAGAGAUGCUAUCCUGCCAAAAUAUCAAUAUUUUACUGACGGAUCGUUUUCAACACAUUUCUCCAAUUGCAGGAAGCGGGCAAAAGAUUAACUCCCUUGUACGGUCCAGGCUAUACCGGACUAAAAAAUCUAGGAAACAGGUAAAACGAAAAAUUAGCUCUACUUUCAGUUGUUAGAAGAAUCGUUGUUUACAUACAGUUUGAAAAUUACUUUGUGGCGGUAUUUCUCGCUCGUUACAUUAAUCCUAGCUCUUUGAAAGCUGUGAAAUUAAACAGCGGUACAUGUACCUGUUUUUGGCAGUGCAUCUUUUUUACUGGAAAGAAGCGGACACAGGCAGUAUUAUUUUCUCCAGGUAAAGGGUUAUAAUCCUCCGGAAAAUGUUCGGUUUAUUUAACCGCAACUUAUAUUCCGUCAGUCAUGUCUCUCAGCUCAGUUAAUAAACGCGAUGUGAUUUAGUGGGCCUUAUUGCACUGUACGGCCUGCUAAAUUUGGAGUGAUUUGGGGGUUCGCUCUUCAGUUUUACAGCAGAAUACGUUUUCUUUCUUCAUGUAUUUUUUGAGCGGUUUUAUUUUUACUGUUUUGGGUGUCUUCUUUACGUCAUUUACGCUCCGUUACAAGCUGAACGAACCUAACCUUCUCUCGUCUGUAGGAAUAUUUCCUACCAUUUUUUCUUUCAUUUGAUUCAAUUUUUGCUUGUGUUCUUCAUUUUUAGUUGUUACAUGAACUCAGUAAUGCAGGUUCUAUAUUCUCUACCGGAGUUUAAACAAAGGUAACCAAAAAAAGAGACAACAUUCCUACUUAUAUAAGCUUUUAUCAGUUUAAAACGGUGUUGAGAAGAUGUGCCGCAGCAAUGUGUCUGUUUUUUGUAAUCGUCAAUUUUUAAUCUGUGAAAAAAAAAACUGUUUCUAUAACUUAUACUUUUUUAAAGGUAUGGAGAUCAAUGUGCCGCCAUAUUUUCCAAGGCGCCUGCUGACCCGAGUGGAGACUUCAAUACUCAAAUGUAAGUUGUACUUGUAACCUCGAACCUAUCACAGAAUUCAACUCUAAAAUAUCGGCCCCUACUGAUAUUGGAAUUAUAGAAUGUUCGACUAGUUCUCGUAUCACGUCAGGUGGAAAUUAUAAGUAAAGCCCCUCAAAGUCCAUACCUAUGGAUCUCUAAGCCAGUGCUUCGUGCAUUCUAGUUUGGGAACAUUGGUAUUCGUAUAAGGUUUUCCAAUGAAGCCCCGCAAAAUCUCAAAACCGCAAACUUCAGCAAUACUAGUAUUGACUCUGGUAGGGAAACGUUCGUUUCAGGGUUAUGCACCGCCGAGUCCUCAUCAUUUACAGUGUACUGUAACUGUACUCAUUUGUCGUUUCUUUGGACCUAAAGGGCCAAGUUCGCACAUGGACUUCUUUCAGGAAAAUACUCGCAAGCACCUGAUAAAGAUCUUCAGGAAACGGACCAACAAUCAGAACAGGUAUGACCUUUGAACUUGCCAUUCAAAUAGGUACACUCUGUUUUGACCCUGUGUGAUGGUAAAAACAUUUCCUGUUGUUGUAAGAGAGUUAUGUUUGUUGGAUUAGGUUAGUCUGGCAUUCCUAGCAAUAUCAACAUUGGGAAAGCUAAAAGUUAACGAAGUAAGCAAGUUUCAUUUUGUACAUUUAAGAAAAAACGAGAACCACCAUGUUAAAUACUGCUGAUGAGGUUUUACUCGAAUGUUCGUCUGCAGACUUAAAAGUUAGAACCAUAUUAGAUGCCUUUAUCGCUCACUUUAGCACUGAAUGGCAAUGAAUACUGACAAAAGCAACAGCAAUAAAGCUUUGGGAAAGAUCCUGCAACUUAUCUAAGUAAAAUCGUAACAAAUAAACAGUGCAGAGGAAAGACGAGUCAAAGUACUUGCUUUUAAAUAGUAAAACUGUCGAGUUUCGUCCACAGACUCAAAUUUUAUUUAGGUCUUGUAAUAGUCACGUAAGUAUAAACGAUGCCCCUCGACAUAUGUAAUGAAACUUCAGUAUAAAAAGGAUAUAACAUGUGCAACAUCACGGGCUUUGUUGUACUUAACGUCCGUUGCUUGUACAAACCGCAAGUAUGGGGUCAGCCUGCGUGAGUUUCUGCGCGAGUUUGUGGAGAAAGUUGGAGCGAGAGCUAAAGAAAUUGAAGAAGAGGGAGAGGACGAGGAGAAAAGGAAACGCCUUCCCCUCCCGCUUCUUCCAGUUUUGUGUUCUCUCGGUCAACGUUCGCGCAAUAACUCGAUCGGAAACACUUACUACGCAAGCUUGUAUGUAGUGGCAGUAUUUGACUUUUAAAACUUGGUUUGUUUCUAAGGAACAAGAUGGCAUUGCUCCUCAGAUGUUUAAGUCAGUAAUAGGUCGCGGUCACCCUGAAUUCUCCACCAGCNACAAAUAAACAGUGCAGAGGAAAGACGAGUCAAAGUACUUGCUUUUAAAUAGUAAAACUGUCGAGUUUCGUCCACAGACUCAAAUUUUAUUUAGGUCUUGUAAUAGUCACGUAAGUAUAAACGAUGCCCCUCGACAUAUGUAAUGAAACUUCAGUAUAAAAAGGAUAUAACAUGUGCAACAUCACGGGCUUUGUUGUACUUAACGUCCGUUGCUUGUACAAACCGCAAGUAUGGGGUCAGCCUGCGUGAGUUUCUGCGCGAGUUUGUGGAGAAAGUUGGAGCGAGAGCUAAAGAAAUUGAAGAAGAGGGAGAGGACGAGGAGAAAAGGAAACGCCUUCCCCUCCCGCUUCUUCCAGUUUUGUGUUCUCUCGGUCAACGUUCGCGCAAUAACUCGAUCGGAAACACUUACUACGCAAGCUUGUAUGUAGUGGCAGUAUUUGACUUUUAAAACUUGGUUUGUUUCUAAGGAACAAGAUGGCAUUGCUCCUCAGAUGUUUAAGUCAGUAAUAGGUCGCGGUCACCCUGAAUUCUCCACCAGCAGACAGCAAGAUGCACAGGAGUUCUUCAUGCAUCUAGUCUCUACAAUCGACAGAGCAGAGGUUUGCUUCUAAGCUGUAAUACUUUCUCUGAAAGAACCAAUCUUCAUGUUUUUGGUCCCGGGCAAAGACGUCCUAAGUGAUAUUGCUUAAUGACCAUGUAAUGAAAAAUUGAUACAGUCGAACCUUCCGUAAGCGACCACCCAAAAUGCGUAGAUUUAGUGGUCGCUUACUGGAGGUGGUUGUUUACGAGAAAAGAACCACAGGCGGUCUCUUCCGAGAGGAAGUCUAAACACAGCUACUUUCUGGAAGAGAAUUCGUUGCCUACAAAGGCACGAUAUAAGUGGGUUCACGUUGUCCCUAGAAGUUAUUUGCACACUCUUAGUAAUGUCGUAAAUGGGCAGAGAGAUCAGACUAUGGGUCAAGCGGUCGCUUACAAGAAGUUAAAAACAAUGGAAAUUCUAAAACUAUCACUCCAAAAAGUGGUCGCAGCUGCUUACGGGAGAUGAUCGUUUACAAGAGUCUGAGAUCCCAAAUAUAGAGCUAUAACUGGAAACGCCUUGGUGUUUUGGAUAGGUGGUCGCUUAUGGCGUGUCCUUUUAUUUUGCAGCGAUCCAGUGCUGGGCCAAUUAACCCGGCAGAUUCAUUUAGGUACAAGGUACGUCUACAGUUCACUCCUCUUUGUAUAUCCACCUGUGGAGAAAAUGCCAGUCUAUAACAUGUCUACCCGAGAGUGGUGCUGCAUGCGUUACCAAGUUUGUCAUGUAACUUUUGAUUGCCGUGCAGCUUGUGACUGCUCAUGUUUUCUUUUCCCUCCCCCCUCCCCCGUAGGUAGAAGAACGUACGCAAUGUAUGAAGUCGGGAAAGGUCCGCUAUGUUCACAGAGAGGACACGCUAUUGGCGCUGUCAAUACCAAUGGAUGCUGUGCAAAAUAAAGGUGAACGUUUCAUUUGAUCAAAACUUGGCUACCAGAUAACCUGUGAGUCCCAUUUAACGAUCUGUUAUUUUGUUCAGCAGUCGUUGUUUCACUGACUUGUUUCUGUUUUGUUUGUUUGUUUGUUUUUCUUUCAGAUGAAGUCGCAGCGUAUGAGUUGAAGCAGAAAGAAGCAGAGGCAAAAAAAGAACGAUUGUGAGUUAGCUUCGCAUUUUCUCCAAAAAAUAAGAUCCUCCUUUGUAGAUUCCUGAUAGUUUGUUACCAACAACCUCAGUUCGUGAUCGCUAUCGGUAAUAUUAUGUUAGAUGGACGAAUGACAGAAACUUAGUGGCGUGGCAAACACUUAGCAGAACACAAUGCAUUUAAGUAACUCUGGGUAUUAGCCCUUAGGUUCUUAGGCCCAGUAGGCCAAUUACGAGUUGACUCAAGUCUCUGUUUCAAAGCGAGGCUAAAUGCAAAGUUAUUGAUAUGAAAAUGUUUUUCUUUUGUGACUCGUGCAAUUAAGACUUAUUUGCACAAGAAAGGUUUUGCACUUGGCCUCGAUUUGAAAGUGAGAAUUUUUUGGAACUCGGAAAUAGCUUAUUAUGGCAGGAAGAUUAAGUGGAUUUGUGACUCUUACUUUUAAAUCUCUGGUCGAAAUCCUUUGCUGUUAACAUUCAAAUGAAACCCAUUAGGCGGAACUUUUGCAUUGUACCAUUAAUUACUUUAAUUUUUACAGAAAGAAAUUUAAAAUUUCCUCUUAUUUUUGUUUUUAUCAGCCGCUAUUACGACAAUUGUAAGAGUUGAAUUGUUACUUUUUCGUUUACAGAGAUCCCAGUGAAAUGGUGCGGCCCAGAAUAGCGAUGUCAGCGUGUGUCGAGGCGUUUGCUACCCCCGAAAUUAUCGAUGAUUUUUACAGCACAGCUAUACAAGCGAAAAGUGUGGCGCAAAAGUGAGUGUAUGUCCGUCAACAUGAAGUUUACUCUUUUUAAAUCACUUUCGUUUGUAGUAAGUCACUUAUAGGUGACUUAACUGACGAGCAGUUGGCUGUUGCAAGCAAAUAACAUAAGUGAAGCUCGUAGUUUCAAAAGAAAUUGGUGGGGUAGUGAAAUACAAAGAUUCGUAACUGAGUUACUGCCGCAAAAAAGCUAAAAUUUCGAGGGCUCGGCCUUCGUCAGUGCGAAUAAUGGAAUUGUUGUGUUUUGGAGCUAAAGAAUGUUGGGUCUUACGACUUGUCAGGAUUAUUUGGAAUUCCCUACUCCACAAACUAUAAGGAGAAUAGGUAAAAGCUUUCGGCGCAACGAUUUCUGGGAUUAUUUGAGUGGACUAACAUUAAUUAUGAUUGGUGGAUGGUAUUCAAGGCAAUAAUUAGCCCAUCAUUAAAAACGCUUAUCCACUCUAGCGAUCCCAGAAAUCGCUGCGCCGAAAUCUCGUACCCAUUCCCCUCAUAGUUUUUGGAGUGGAGAAUUAGGAUCAUUACUUACCCGCCAGUUUGUCAUAUUACUCGUCAGCAUCACCCUUGGUCUUAAAUGUUAAAUAGCUAUUUAUGGUCUGUGUUUACUGACUUUCAUUGUUCUCCUCUUUGUUAUUUUAGAUCAACGAGAUUUACCACGUUUCCUGAUUAUCUGAUGGUACAGAUGGAAAAAUUUACCCUUGGCGACGACUGGAUACCAAAAAAAUUAGGUGCAUAACAGAUCUGUUAUGUCUUAUUUGGCAGCCAUUUAACACUUUUACUCCUUUGUAUCAAACCUUGUGUGGUUCUUCUAUAGUGGGACCCCAUACGUAAACCUAUCACACUUAGGUGGGACCAUCCACCUGCACAGGAAAGCGAACAUUCCGCCGAAAAUAGCGGAUACUUGCAUCGUAAGACUGUUUCUGUACUUGUCCAAUUGUACUACGAGACUCUUUUAAAGACGCUAUCGCUUCAUGUAUUGGCUAUAGUUAAACUGCAAAAUAGUUCGUAUUUUUGCGUAUUCAAGUACGCGCGAGUAGUCAAACAAAAUGUCUGGAGCGAGGCUGAAAACAGGUAGCGAGACUGGGGAGAGACCCUACGAGCGUGUGAGGCUCGCGCGCUUCGUGUGGGUAAGGCUCUUACCCUACUCUUACGCUACACUAAACCGAUUUUGUGAAAAAAAAUCGACUGUUUUGUAGUCUAGCUGUUACGAAGUUGUACUAGAAAGUGGAUAAAAACUUCGGCCCUCCUAAAACAGUCCCAUGAUUCAAAACGACACAACACCGACCCAGUCUCUCACUCAACAUCCAAAUGACCAUUGUGCUUGUGUACAUUUGUGUGUUUUUAAUUACUAGUAUUAUUUUUGUUUUUCAGACGUUUCAAUAGACAUUUUAGAUGAGCUUGACUUGACUCACUUAAGAGCCACUGGUCUGCAGCCAAGCGAACAAGAAUUACCUGAAGGUGAACAAGCUGCUCCCGCUGCGGGUAAACUGUCUGUUUUCAUUGUCUUAUUACUACAAGGUUUUUUUUCUCCCAGGAGCUGGAUUCCCGUUUCAUUGUCAAUGAAACUUGGAUUAAUGGAUUCCGGAUUCCAAUCGUUUUUAGGAUUCCGGGAUCCUUUAGCUGAUUUCCAGAUUUGAAAGGCCAGGAUUCCUGAUUUCCCUUGAUUCCGGAAUCCGGACUCUCUUACAUGGGGCGGUCUGUUGACGGAAUAAAAUCUACUGAAUCUAGUUUUACAUUUUACAGAGGUUCUGCUUGUUUUUACUGCAUUGUAUAAACAUUUUUAUCAAUUUGAACCUGAUUUGUUUAUCAGCCGAGGUGCAAAUAGAUGAAAGCGUUGUGAUGCAGCUUGUGUCUAUGGGUUUCGACAAGGAAGGCUGCCGGAAGGCUGUUUAUCACACCAAUAACCAAGGUAUGAUUAUCUUAGUUACACUGUUUAGAUGGUGANUUAAGAGCCACUGGUCUGCAGCCAAGCGAACAAGAAUUACCUGAAGGUGAACAAGCUGCUCCCGCUGCAGGUAAACUGUCUGUUUUGAUUGUCUUAUUACCACAAGGUUUUUUUUUCCAGGAGCUGGAUUCCCGAUUCAUUGUCAGUGAAACUUGGAUUAAUGGAUUCCGGAUUCCAUUCGUUUGUAGGAUUCCAGAUUUUCUCGGAUUGCGGAAUCCGGACUCUCUUACAUGGGGCGGUCUGUUGACGGAAUAAAAUCUACUGAAUCUAGUUUUACAUUUUACAGAGGUUCUGCUUGUUUUUUAUUGCAUUCUACAAACAUUUUUAUCAAUUUGAACCUGCUUUGUUUAUCAGCCGAGGUGCAAAUAGAUGAAAGCGUUGUGAUGCAGCUUGUGUCUAUGGGUUUCGACAAGGAAGGCUGCCGGAAGGCUGUUUAUCACACCAAUAACCAAGGUAUGAUUAUCUUAGUUACACUGUUUAGAUGGUGAAUAAUUAUCACCUCUUCAAGCAGCUAAGCAUAGUUUUAUUGCACUGGUCAUCUGUCGCAUGGAUAAAAUCAGGAAAAUAUGCACUUCUGAGUGUGUAUAAAACUAAAUUAAACAAAUAAAACAUUCCUUCCGUGUUUGGUGUAUUAGGCUUGAAAGCGGUUCAGGGGCGGUUACUUUCUUAGAAAAAGAUUCAAGACGUUCACAAUUGAAAACGAACCUUUUUUCGUGCUUCUUUCACCUUUCACGACCUACACUACCACGCUAAUUACUCUAUAUUGUAGUAAUUUAGAGGUUUCAUAAUCUCAUAAUUGUCGUAUCGUAUCACAGAAAGUGACCCUAGCCCUUUCUCAAAAUUUUCACGUUAGAGAGAUUAAGCAUCGCGUUUACGGCAGACGGCAAACGUGAAUUUGUACCACGUGACCAAGUUUCCUCUUUACUUGUCGUUCACUUUUCAUUACAACUACACGCAGAUCGGUAGAUUCAUGCCAAUUCUAUCCAUAAGAAUUGUUUUAAGCUGUUUUCAUCAGCUCAUUUCUCAUUUUGAAAAUUUCUCAACUUGAAUCUCACGUUUGCCGUUUGCCGUAAAGGCGAUGCUUAAUCUCUCUAUUACUUGAGGUUAGGUCUAAUCCUUGUGCUUUCUAAGUCUUUUUUAAUUUUAUAACUUUUGCUUUAUUGUAACUAUGAGCAUUUAUUGGAACUACUGUACUAAAACUUUGGUUCGGAAAGGUGGCAGCGACCGUUUGCGGUAGGUAAAUACGCUCACCCACAAACUUCCGUACUAAGCACCCCAUUUUUAAGGGUAGGGUCUGCAAAGAGUAAUGGAUGUCUCAGAACUGUGGAAUGACAAAUCGAGGUUACGUGUAAACGCUUCAAUGACGUGUUUGUAUUCCUCUUAGGUAUUGAGCCAGCUAUGAACUGGGUUCUGGAACAUAUGGGAGAUCCAGGUAUGUAUGACAUCACACAAACAGUCACAGAAACUUUAUUGACUGAAAUGUAGAGCGUGUUCAGCUGAGUUAAUUGUGUGUUAAUGGAAGUUAAAGAAUACAAAACAUACGAACCAUUCAGGCCAGAAAAAUUCUGCAAUUUGCGACGUAAAUACUACACUAGCGUAGCCUAACAUAUGAAUUACGUGUACUUCGAAAUGGAGCAAAUUAUCUUCGUUGUGGUACUCAGGGUCAAAAUGACUUGCUCUGGGUGCUAGUGGCUCUAAGCACCAAAGUAGAAAGAUGAAAGUACAAAAUAAAGUUAUUUUCUAACUGGUACAAACCGUUCCUGUUUAUUUCCUUACAAUGCUUCGAUCCAUAACUUAGAUUUCAGUGAACCGCUGAGCCUUCCAGCCAGCGGUUCUACAGGAACAACGAGUGUUGACGAGGAGGCUGUGGGUGUUAUCACCGCGAUGGGAUUCACGCGGAAUCAAGCCAUUAAAGCUUUAAAAGCCACUGUAAGUAUCAAAGGGUCCUCUUCACGGAUUGGUCAGGAAAACUUGAAAUCUGGCCAAUCCAAAACAAGAACUUAAAAUGACUCUGUGACAAGUUCAGCAAGAAUAGUGUCAUAGUGCCCAAUGCCCUUUCGCUUGUCUUGUGAAUGCCUGCAACGAUUUCGUCCUCAAAUGUGUUGUGCACCGCCUGAGUCUCAGAAGCGUUAGAAUGAAAAAGAAGGUAUACUGACUGGUUUAAGUAGUAAAUGUGAGACUGCUUAUUACAAUGGAUAGUAGGAGAAUUUUCAUUGUUAUGCUGCACCUCUAUGGAACACGCGGGGAAUACUAAGAUAAGGGCGAAAAUAAUUUCAGCGUAUGCGAAGAAAUGCCGCACAAGCGGGUUUUCGUUGGUGAGGGGAGUAGAGGGGAGGGGGGGGCAAAAAACGAAAGUAUAUGUCCUGUCGGGGCAAGAACGCAUAAGACAGCGAUCUGAUGAUGGCAAAGCAUUAAAAUACUGCGCUCAAUACCCGGGGUUCAUGCAAGGGUCCCAGGAGGGAAAACGUGCUAAUUUAUGGGGCCCGUGCGCCCAGUUCGGAGCAAUCAUACCAAUGAAAAUAGGACACAACCACAAGUUUAUUCAGUAUAUUACCAUUUUGUACAGGUGUUACCGAUUAAAAUAACAAUAAACAGCUAAAUUUAAGGAAAUGAAGAUAUAAUGGAAUGGUCGAAUUAAUUAUGCGCAAUUAGUUAGCCAUGAAAAAAUGUCUUUCAACCGUGUACGCAGUUAUGUGCCAAAGUGGCUUGUUAUGGUGCGACGCUUAUAUGGCCUUUAUUUUGGGUUCAUUUCCGGAAUUGCUGCUGAUAAUCACGUCUACGUGGAAGUUGAUUAUUUUGAGUUCUAGUUUUUUUAAAUGAAUACUAAGAUUCUUCGUUUUCUUAUCUUUAUCCCUUACUACAGAGCAAUAACUUGGAGCGAGCAGCGGAUUGGAUAUUUAGUCAUGCGCACGAGCUCGAUACAUUAGAAGACGAAAGCCAAGGCAACCAGGACUCUGGGCCCCAGUACAAAGAUGGAACUGGAAGUAUGUAAAAAGCACUUGUCGUUGAAAAUUAAGAAUCAUAUAUAAGACAACGAGCUAAGAUGCUUUUAAACCUGUAAAACAAAUACUUUGCUUAACUUUUAUCCCAUACAAGCGUUAAUCGUGUUAACCUCAACUUUUCCUUACUCUCAUUUUCAGAGUACCGUCUUGUUGCCUUUAUCAGUCAUAUGGGUACCUCUACAAUGUGUGGGCACUAUGUAUGUCACGUGCUGAAGGAAGGAAGGUGCUUGAACUACCUUAAAAUUGUUAAAUGUCUUAAAUUAACAGGAUAAAACUUAUCUCUUUAAAGGAACUGUAUGGGAAAAUUUAGCCAAAUUCAAACGGCGGAAACUGCCUAGUGAGCCAAACAUAAAAAUUACCGCGGGAAACAUUGAGAGAAAAAUACAGAAGGAGGCAGGAACCGCCAAAAUUGAUAAAAACUGAAACAGAUUGUUAUCAGGGUCAUUGGCGACUAUUCAGCCUGACAAGUUUUCAAAGUUCAUCUCUCUUGUUUGCUUAUAACCGUAAGUAAUGAGUGAGAGACACAUUUGUUUGGUGCGAAGCUCUGCCAAGAUUGCUUUGAUGAAUUUGUGUAAGUCACAACUUGUUGCAUAUUCCAGAACUUUAUUUAUUUAUUUACUAUUUAUUUAUUUUCCUUUUGUUUGUUUGGUUUUGUGUGUUCUUAGAUGGGUUAUUUUCAAUGAUCGUAAAGUUGCCCAAUCAGAAGCGCCGCCAAAGGACCUUGGUUAUCUCUAUCUUUAUAAGCGAAUCGACAGUUAA